AUGAGGCCUUUUACAUCGGCUAUCUUGCUCAAUUUGAGCGGGUUGCUCGUGGCCCCAACCGCCACAGCAGCCAAGUUUGACUCCCAGAUUGAGCGAUGUCCGCAAGCUUGCUCGGUCACUGGUACAUCCUCAACCAACUGGACCUCUUAUCAUUCUCUGAGCCGUCUGGAUCGGUGCAGGGAGACGGCCGUGUUCAGCUUUAACAUCUUUAAUUCCUUGGAUGAUCAAACCACUAUUAAAGCCUGUACGGUUACUGAUGCCGUUAGCUCUAGUGAUUCUAGACAGACCCUCUCAACGCGUGCUUCUGGGACCUCUAUGCCUGUUAGCUUGCAGCUAGCCUCGUGGGAUUCGACCACUUCGGACUCGGCAUCCUUAUCUUCUAUGUCGAAGGCACUUGCAGGCCUGCAGUCCCAGGUUGCCGGUACCGCAAACUUUGGGAACGCCUCGACUAUCCUCUUUGCGAACCACGGAGAUAUUAUUACUGGCCUGUACGUGGGGAGCAGCAUUGACAGCACUACCGCUGUCGGCGAACUCGCGAAUAUAGUUACUAGUGCAUCCCUAGAUUCUGGUCUGGGGGAAGCGUUAGCAGUUCAAGCCUGCAACACCGACCAGAAUGCGGCCCAUACCAUGGGGCUUAUAGUAACCAGAACUCGCAGUUCCCCGCUGCUGCAGUCAGCCUUACAGAGUUGGGCGAACGCCACCUGCGUCGAGGGCUAUCAUCGGGUCACCAGCACCAAUAUCACCGUCUCUGAGCUGCCAACAUCCAUAGCCACCGAGAAACGGUCUGUCGGCCUUGUCGAAAAGCGAGAGGGUACCUGUGAUUAUGUCUUGGUUGUCUCGGGAGACUCCUGCGCAAGUCUGGUGAGCAAGUGUGGAAUCACGGCCGCGGACUUAGCCAAGUACAACCCCAGUAAUACUCUCUGUUCAUCAUUGGCUGUUGGACAGCCUAUCUGUUGCUCGAAGGGCUCUCUGCCCGACCUAACGCCGCAACCAAAUAAGGAUGGCACAUGUUAUAGCUAUACUGUCAAGGACGGUGAUUACUGCGCUCUCCUAGCCGAAAAAAACUAUAUCACCGUGGAUAAAAUCGAGAAGUACAAUGCUGAGACCUGGGGCUGGAUGGGCUGUAAGAAUCUGCAGCUAGAUGGAGUUAUUUGUCUUAGCUCUGGAAAACCCCCGAUGCCAGGGGUUCUCUCAAACGCCGUUUGUGGCCCGCAAGUCGAAGGAUCAACCCGUCCGAGCGAUUGGUCAGACAUUGGCAGUCUGAAUCCGUGCCCUCUGAAUGCAUGCUGCAAUAUCUGGGGGCAAUGUGGUAUUACCCCUGACUUCUGUACUCCGUCCAAGUCGACCACUGGCGCUCCUGGCACUGCCGCCGAAGGGGAAUACGGCUGCAUCUCCAAUUGCGGAACGUCUAUCACAAACAAUGACGCAGCCCCAUCCGAACUCAUAAGUAUCGGGUAUUACGAGGCUUUUGGCGUGGACCGCACUUGUCUCGCAAUGCAGGCUAGUCAGCUUCCUUCAUCCUACUCCCAUGUGCAUUUUGCGUUUGGCCAGAUUUCCAGCAACUUCGAUGUGGACAUCUCUGGCUACAAAAGCCAGUUUGAGGCAUUUGCGAACCAGAAAUACUUUAAGCGCAUUCUCUCCUUUGGCGGUUGGUCCUUUUCGACCGAUCUGGAUUCAUACCCGAUCUUCCGAGACGGUGUCACUGAUGCCAACAGGCUCACAUUCGCCCAGAAUGUGGCCGCGUUCGUGGAGAAGUACAACUUGGAUGGUGUCGACUUUGACUGGGAGUAUCCUAGUGCUCCUGAUCUUCCCGGAAUUCCUGCUGGGAGCAAGGAAGAGGGUCCUAAUUAUCUUAGUUUCUUAAAGACUGUCCGCUCACUGCUGCCCUCUAACAAGUCGCUCUCCAUUGCUGCUCCUGCAUCAUACUGGUACUUGAAGGGCUUCCCUAUUGCGGAAAUGGCCGAAGUCCUCGAUUAUAUUGUGUUCAUGACCUAUGAUCUUCACGGUCAGUGGGAUUGGGACAACAGCUUUGUUAACCCCGGGUGCGAGAACGGUAAUUGCCUUCGCUCUCACGUCAACUUGACGGAGACUGAGUACGCACUGGCUAUGAUCACGAAGGCCGGGGUGCCAGCCAACAAGGUUGUGGUGGGCAUUGCCAGUUACGGUCGCAGUUUUGGCAUGGAAGAUCCCAGCUGUACAGGUCCUAGCUGUCUAUUUACCGGACCCAACUCCACAGCAACCCCUGGCGAUUGCACAAACACAGCCGGUUACAUUUCCCAGGCAGAGCUAUCCCAGCUUACCAGUGGUUCUAAUUUGAGACGUGACGUCACGUCAUGGUACGACAGCGACAGCGACUCUGAUAUGAUGACCUACGGUGAUGGGACUUGGGUGGCCUAUAUGUCCCAGGCUACCAAGGCCUCUCGGAUCAAGCGGUACGCCAGCUACGGUUUUAAAGGUUCUGUAGAGUGGGCACUAGAUCUAGCACAGUUUGUUCUAGGCCCGAAUGAUGAAGCAAGCAAAAUAGAUAUUAAUAAGGCCAAAGAAACUUUCACCGAUGCCCUGGCGCUCAGCGACUAUGAUAUUUCCGAGUUUGACACAUAUAACUUCACGGAUCUGGCAACGAGGCUGUUCGGCUUCGAUGGUUGCACUGACGCCCAAGAAAAGGCCAUUACUUCUGGCUGGCAGCAGUCGUGGAAGAUCAUGAAUCACAUGUACCAAGUAGCCAAGAAAGGCAUUGACUUUAACGAGGCUGCUGCUGUCGAGUUUCUAGGCCCGCCCGCGUACAACCAACAGGAGCAGAGUGACUUCAUUGCUGCCUUUAAGCAACUGUCCACGAUUCAGCCGGGUUGGGGGGGUUGGUUCGCCUGGAAGCUGGCUGUCCGCUGCGACGACUUCAAAUACAUGUGCCCUUGCAACAUUGAGACCGGGGUCAUUGCCUACACGGUGCAAAAAGACCCCAAGCACCAAGAACCGUCCAUCAGUUUCUGUCCGAAAUACUUUAACUUGCCCACUCUGGAUAGUAAGAUCAAGGAGUGGGCUAACAAGGAGACCAAUAUCCCAAGCGAUUACGCCGACAUGGACAACUACUACCCGAAUCAGGGCGCGACCUGGAUUCACGAGCUGUUGCACGUGGACUGGGCAUCGCUGAAAGGCGACCCGCACAUCACUGACCUCAAGGUCGGAUAUAACACUAUCAGGGGGAGGAAAUGGUUCGAGGCCUAUGGGCCAACCUAUACUAAAAGCCUGGCACGGCUUGGUGGCGCCACAGGAUUCUGGACACUCCAGAAUGCCGACAGUCUCACCCUUUAUGCGCUGGCUAAAUACGUCCAGAAACAGCUUGGCAACAUAUAUCCCCACCUCCCGCUUGCGCCUGCGCCGCCCAUCGGCGUGGAGCUGCCCCUGACGAACCCCGGCGUAUACACCAUCUACCCGAAUGGCACUGGAGAGCUGGAUUCAGAGAUAAACGUGUGGAGCCCGAGUGAUGGCAUUUGCGCCGCAGUGGACGAUGUGGAUACUGCCACGAAAGCCUCCUCACGAGUAACGGUAAACGGGAUCCCCGUUGAGAGUGAGUAUCCCUCCGACUAUCUAUCCAGUUGGUCCUCGUGGGCUGGCCUGACGCCCACCACCACUUCAACGACCACCACUUCGACGACGAAAACAACCUCUACUGUCCCGACGGCCACUGAAACUGGGUACAAUUGCAAAGGAUCAAUUCGUUGCGGCACUUUUCAUAAUCUACACAAAUUCUGUGAUAUGGCAAAGAGUUUCUUAACUGAAACUACUAUAUAUGGAACCACGGACAAAGAUACAAACUCCGGAACCUGCUACACAGACGGUAAAAAUGCUGGCUUUGGCUGUGGUGUUUUCGUCGAAGGCGAUAACUGUCAGAUGAAUGGCGACCAAAUGGCAGCUGCCUACGAUCAUAUCUUCCAGAAGACUGGGGGAAACUGCGGGACAGCCCUAAGAGCACCCCCAUUAUCCAAUUCUCUCACCAGCAAAAUCCACCACCUCAGAUCCCAACGCAGCUCCAAGCCCCUCCAAAAGAUUGAGCCAGUCUCCCUCUCCCUCCUCGCGCUAACCGAGACCAUCCCCCCCGAAGUUCGAAGAAAAUACUACAGCCCCAACUGGGCCGGUGCGGUGAUCGAAGCCCCAUCCCCCAGCUCAACUUACACCUACAUUUCUGCAACCAUGACCGUCCCAACCCCCACCCCAACCGACAACUCCACAUACCAGGCUGCGUCCGCAUGGGUCGGCAUCGACGGCGCCACCCACACCGCUGCAAUACUGCAAACAGGCGUGGACCUGUACGUGAUCGAUGGAAAGCCGUACACCGAUGCCUGGUACGAGUGGUAUCCGAACAUUGCACUGUAUUACGACGAGUUUGCGGUAAACCCGGGAGAUGUGAUUGUCGCUUCUGUCCAAGUGACGGCGCCGAAUAGCGGGGUCUGCAUGGUUGAGAAUCGGAGUACGGGGGAGACGGUGUCAAAGACACUUUCGGCGCCGAAGAGUACGGCGACAGUGACGGGGCGGAAUGCCGAGUGGGUGGUGGAGGAUUUUGAUUCGGGGGGUGAGCCGGUGCCGUUUGUGAAAUUUAAUCAGGUCCGGUUUGAGGGAUGUGCUGCCCAUGCGGACGGAGUUGAGUAUGGGCUGGGGAAUGCUACGGUUUAUGAGUUGGUGCAGGAUAAGAUGAUUAUUGCUGGUGUUAGAGUUGUGGAUGGGGAGGAGAUGGUUGUGACGCGCUUUGGGUUGUGA